AUGAAUAAGGGUGAAGCAUCAAGGCAAGCCGAAAACAUUGUCUUAGUGGGCCGUACGGGGAAUGGGAAGAGCGCCACGGGGAACAGCCUCAUUGGAAAGAACGUAUUUGAGUCGUCAGAAGCAAAAGCAAAAUGUCAGACACAUGGAGCUGUCAUAGGAGAUAAUCACACAAUCAAUGUGAUUGAUACUCCAGGUCUGUCCGACUUGAGUGUAUCCGCUGAGUUUAUGAGUAGAGAAAUCGUUAGAUGCCUAACUCUAGCGGAAGGAGGGAUCCACGCUGUGGUCUUAGUUCUAUCUGCAAGGACUCCGAUUACGGUAGAGGAAUUGAGCACACUUGGAAUCAUGCAUGCUCUAUUUGGGAGUGAGAUCGCUGUUUAUGUUAUCGUCGUUUUCACCGGCGGCGAUGUGCUGGAAGAGUAG